AAACGAUCCACAAGAUAAUACUAACGAAGAUUCAAAGCCUUCUACCAUCAGACCUCAAAUCUGAGUCGGAGUCACUCCGCCAAACCUGUAAGCCAGCGCGAAAGAACCAAUUCGUUUACACUAGUUUGUGAAAAAGACAAUGAACAUUGAGUAGCAUAGCCUGAACAUUCAUGAUAAGGUGAAGUAUAUAAAGCAUUUCAACAAGGCGUCCAUUUAAAAUAGACUGUGUCGACAUGCAUUACCGUGCCCCAUUGUUCGGGUUCAUUCUUUGCUGUCUGCUAACCAAAGAAGCUUUAUCAGGACAAAAAGAUCAUGAUAAAAUAAGUUUCUUACCUGGUGUAUGGCCAAUGCCAACUUUCAAACAAUAUUCUGGCUACCUUAAUGGCUUUACGAACAAUAUUCGAUUACACUACUGGUUGGUUGAAGCAACUGAAAAUGCUGAAUCGUCUCCCCUCAUACUAUGGUUAAAUGGAGGGCCAGGAUGCUCGUCAAUGGAAGGGUUCCUUAGCGAAAACGGGCCUUAUAAUAUGAUAGAAGGAACAAAUUUGGUAAAAAAUCCAUAUUCAUGGAACAGAUUAGCCAAUGUUUUGUAUCUAGAAGCACCAGCUGGCGUUGGAUUCUCAUAUGCUGUUGACGGUAAUAUAACUACAGAUGAUGAUUUCACAGCGUUGAACAAUUAUCAUGCAUUAUUACAUUUUCUUGAAAGAUUCCCAGAGUAUGAAAACAGAGAUUUUUAUAUAACCGGUGAAAGUUAUGCUGGUGUAUAUGUUCCUACUUUAGCUUUACAUCUGAUUAACUCAACAAAACUUCAUUUAAAGGGUAUCGCUGUUGGCAAUGCCUUAACUAAUUAUAGACUCAAUGAUAACUCCAUGUUAUAUUUUGCUAAAUAUCAUGGAUUAGUUGGCGAAAAAGUAUGGAAUGAUUUACUUGCUCAUUGUUGUCAUAGUCCAUACUACAGUCAAUGUAUGUUCACUGAUAAUCCUUCAGAUAAAUGUCAACGUUUAAUCAAUUAUAUAUCAGAUAAUGUAACCAUUGGAUUGAAUGAAUACAAUAUAUAUGAUUAUUGUGGUGAUGUUAGUAGUAUAAUGAAUCAAAACGUUGAAAAUUUAUAUUCAUUAUCAAAUAUUCAUUCUAUGUUUCAACAUAGUGAUUUUGGUUAUCUCUUUGAAAAUAAUACAUAUAUUCAAAAGAAGCGUGAAUUACUUUCUCAAAUUCGACAGAAAAUUCGAGUAAAACUAGUCCUUCCAUGUAAUGAUGACUAUUUGAAUUGCUAAUUAUUUAAAUAUGCCAUUUGUACGUGAGUCUAUUCAUGUAAGAAAAGAUAUACCACAUAGUUGGCAGGUAUGCAGUGAUGAAGUCAGCUCUUUGUAUAUACGCAAUUAUCGAGAUUUAUCUCAUCAAUAUAAGAAAAUUUUGGAAUCAAAGGUAGGUGAUUUUACUUUUUGGUUUGCCUUAAGGAAUUUGAUUCGUUGUUCUUCUGUAAAGAGAUAUGCUGUUGAUUAUUCAACACAUUGAUGUGUAGGAACUUGUGAAUUAGACAAUCUAACAUGACAGGUGCACCUAUCUAGGCAGCACUGUUUCAACUACAGACGACACAGGUACAGACGAGGAUGUCACAACAGUCACGAUCGGAAAACGAAGACAGACGUUCAUUUACCUGAAAUCAGUGUGGAGAUCUACUGCACUGUACUCCACUCAGCAUAAAGUAUGAACAACAUCUGGAUUUUCAACACCAAUUCAGUCAAGUCAGUGCUUCUAGGUGAUGGUUCAGGGACUUGGAGCGUUACGAAAAGCAUUUCCAACAAACUAUAGACAUUCAUCAGCAACUGCCUACUCUGGCUGGAUACUGAAGAUCACAUGGCCAGAAUAAUGAGAAUAAGCAAGAAGGAACUCUGACUGGCUGGCUGGCUGGCAACGAACCAACGAAACGAGAACCUAUCACCCAACAAAUAUGCACUGGAAAGAAGUGGAGUGGACUGGGCAUACACUAAGAAGGCCUCUUUGGGACAUCAUGCACCAAGCACUCGAGUGGAAGCCACAUGGGAAACGACGAGUUGGGCUUCCGAUGUGAGUCUGACAUGGAGAAGAUGGUGUGAGGAAUAAACAGAGCUUGUGGGCAGUUUUGGAGCCAGGUUGAAAAGACUGCAGAGAACACAGUGUGCAAUGGAGGUGCGCUAGUGAAGUGGUACGUUCCACUAGGAACCCAAGGCACAAAUAAUUAUAUAUAUGGUCUAGUCUUCUGUCAAAAAGAGAUUGAAGGGAUAAAUUGUUAGAUUAAUUUUCAUGCUUGGGUAUACAUGAAGUUCUAGUUGUGCAUGAGAUAAAUCACAUACCUAAGCAAAAUUACUCAAUCAUAUGAUAAGAAAUAUCAUGGAAUGUACUAUGAAAUUCUAUCAAGUAUAUCACCCACCUCUGAACUAAUUUUUAAGGAUAUUGAAUAUUAAAUAGAUGGAGAAAGUGAGAAACAAUCUUCUGGAAAAAAACUUUUAUAGGUUAAUCACAGACUUGGAAUAGAAUUCAUAUAGCAUAUUUUCUGUCAAUUUGUUCUAGAAUCAUAUGACUUCAGAGUUGAUUAAUGCGGUUAAAAUACUCUUAGCAAAGUCACCUCGCCUUGAAAGAACGUAAACACACUAGUAACAUAUAAAUACUCAAAUUGGUACACUUCUUGAAAACGUGCAAUAAGAUUUCUAAUGGAAUGAUAUUCUAACAUUUGGUCAGUUGAUAAGUAUGCAGACUUGGAAACUUCCAAAAUCAGAGGAAGUAAUUUCAUGAAGCUUGUAGGAAACGCAAAAAAAAUUUGUUUCAUUGUGAUUACAUUUGCUUUAAUGGAGGGAUAAAACCGAAUGGACUAGGUUGUUUUGUGUUCUCUGAGUUGCAUUGUUUAAUUGUGGAGCUUCGAUCGUUUUCUGUAUGAUAUUAAUAGCAGCAACUUCAGUAUGAAGUUAGUGAUUAUUAUUUUUUCUUUGAGUUCCAAGUGGAAUAUAAGGCUUAAGUAACACGUCACCGUUUCACUCACCUCUACGCAGUCUUUCCCUUCAACCUGACUCCACCACCACCAACAACCUUUCAUUCCUUCCAAACACACCAUCUCCUCCAAGUCACUCUCACCUGGGACGCCCAACUCAUCGUUUCCCAUUCGGAUUCAACUCGACUGCCUGGUCUGACCUAGUGUGUGGUGUCCCCACAGCGUCUUCUCAGUGUAUCUCCGAUCCAAUCCAAUUCAAUUCAAUCCAUCUCCACUUCCUUCUACUUCAUAUCUGUUGGGCGAUAGCUUCUCACCUCAUUGGUUCGUUGCCAUGCAAGAGUGAUUUCCCUGUUGAUUAUUCUUAUUGUUCUGGCAUCUCAUCUUCAGUAUCGAGUGAGAGUAGGCAGCAGCUGUUGAUGAAUGUGUGUAGUUUGUUGAAAAUGCAUUUCGUAGUGUGUCAACUCUCUCAACCACCACAUGGAAGCACUGAUUGAUUAGACUGACAUGAGUGUUGGAAAUCCGGAUGUUGUUCACGCUUUAUGCUGAGUGCAGUGCAGUGCAGUGCAAUGCAGUGCAAUGCAGCAGAUCUCCAUCUCCACACUGAUUAUCUCAGAUUAAUGAAGGAAGGCGUGUCUUACUGUCUUUCCAAUCCUGACUGCCUUCACUUCCUCAUCUGUGACUAUGCCUUUGUCUGUAUCGCCUGUAGUUGAAACGAUUCUGCCUAGGUCUAGGUUGGGUUGGAGAGACAACUUCCUUCACAUUUCCCCGUUCAUGGUGGUUGGUGCUGGUUGUUGUUGUUGUUGUUGUUGUUGUCGGGUUGGUAUCCUCAUCACCUCCGUCUUCUCUUCGUUCACCUGAAGCAAGUCUUAUCUUCCUUCACUGUCCUGCCUCACAACUUGUUAGUUUUCACCUGUACAUCUUCGAGUUUGUGAGACAAGACAUUACACAUAAAUCAUCAUCAUCAACAUCGGCGGUGAAAUCCAAAUCAUCUUCUAGUGUCUUUUCUUUAAUGCAGACAGCGCAUGCUCCUCUUCUCUCUCCUCACAUUUUGUUGCACGACCCAGUCGAGUCGAGUCCAGUCGAGUCGAGUCGAGGUGAGUAGAGUCGAAUCGACCACAAUCACGAAGGUGAUGGCUGAUAGUAGACGGCAACCUUGUCUUACUCCUGUCACCUAUCUUCUCUUCAAAGGUAUUGCUGAGCUUUCUUUCCAUUGUGAAUCACUUGGCAUGUAGCCUCAUCAUAUGGCAUAUGGCUGGUGUUGAAUGAGGUUGAUAAAGUGUUAUGGUAUUGAAAGUGUAGUGUUGAAGCAGUUGCCCAAUUACUUGUCGAUUGACUCUGUCGAGGUCCUUUUCAAAAUCGAUGAAGUUGAUGUUGAGUUCAGUUGACUGCUAUUCAUUCUAUGCUGUGUUGUAUGAUGAAGCGUAGUGUAGUGUUGUAAUUUGAUAUACACAUGAUUUGUUCUUUGUGAAUGUAGUCAGCCUGUUGUGUUGUUAAUUUUGAAUGGGGAGCAUAUUUUCCUCUCUGGAGGAUGAUGUGGCUUGAUAUUCUGCUUGUGUGUGUUUGGAGAGGGAACAUGAUUGCUCUCCAGUUCUUGGAAACACUUACAUGUGGUAUCUAAAUGAUUCUGCAUCUGUUCUAGUUAUGAACUAUGUAAACUGUCUCAAGAUUGUGGAGUUACAUGAUAUGAAUAUGGAAACUAAAUUGUCUGAAACAUUAUUCAGUAGAUGAUUCUGUUUCAGUGUGUCUGAUAAUUCUAAUAAACAGACUAAAGAUAGCGACCAAGCAGUUCGAUACAGUGUACCAGUGGGAAUUAAACCUAUCAAGUAAAAUCUCAUAACACUUUGACGUUCAAAGCGAUAGAUGCUGGUUUCAAGUCUCAGUGAGAUUAACAUCACUCACGGGGGGGGGGGAGGUACAUCCGGUUGAUGGUCCCAAAUAAGACGAAAUGCGCAUUCUGGAUCUCACUGCUAGUUAGUCAGCAGACAGACAAUCUAACACAGUGUCGAAGUUUUUCUCCUAUUUUAUUAGCAUUCAAGUAGUUUAAUUUCCACCUGAAUGCUGAGAAUAUUGAAGGCUGUUCAUUAUCCUUUUCAUUUGGUUGUGGUAACCGUUUAUAGUGCAGUCAUAGAUUUACAAGUAGAAUGUGAUCACCUUAGAUAUCGUUUUUUAAAAAUAAUAAACUUUGUCCCUAAUCAUCCAAUAUGCAUAAUCUUUGAUCUAUACACAUGCGUAUAUUAGACCUUUAGUUUACUCUUUUUUAUGGACUGAUUUGUUCUGAACAAUCAUAAAAGUGCCAACCGAGUAGUAGUAAUAGUAGUAGAGGGUGAGUAAGUUGUGGCUUACACUUCGUCUAAUUAGUUGAUAACUUGAGUAUUCUUAAGUGCGUUUAUGCCAUAACCACCUCAUACUUUUUGUUGUUUUUUUAUAAGAAUUUUACUCAACUACUUACAACGAACUGAGUAGUUAGAAAUAGAGUUUUAUAACGAAUACAUAUUCUUUCGUUAAAUUCUCAUAAGGCUUUACAUUUACAAAUUAUUCAGCAUAGCCAUUAUAUGAUACCAACAUGAUUAAUUGAAUUCUGGUAGAUGAAUUAGAAGAUAACAAACAACAAAGGUGAUAAUAACAAAAUAAAAAAAAAUCUCGGAAAGUUUCUACAUUCUCAUAAUCAAUCCUUGAGGAUGUGUGCGUAUGUGUUUGUUUACAGGCACUCUGUGCCUGUAUUCAUCACGAAGUGACAUCAUUUGGGGAAGCAUUGAAAACCUGGGAGUACUGGACAGUUGCUGCAUCCCAGCAUACGACUCUUCAGUAGUACGCACCCACAACCCCCACUAGGGAUCGGAACUCACGACCUUCAGGUUUCACAGUCAACGCGUUAACCAUUCAGACACUGGGUUGCAAUUCGAUGGUUCACAGUUUCCAACUUCACGAUACAGUGUGACUAUCACCCAACACGUUCACAAUGCAGCCUGAAAGUCGUCAGUUCAAUGACUAACCAGAUCGUGGGUGCGUGCUGCUGAAGAGUCUCGUACUAGGAUGAAGCAGUUGUCCAGUGCUCGCAAAUUCUCACUGCUUCCCCCAACUCACAUCACUCCGUGAUCAAUACUACCUCAAAGUUGAAAAUCCCCAUUCCUCUCCCAAAUAAAAUUAUUGUCACCUAGUGAUUAGAUAACAGAAUGUACAAACAGAGAUAAUAUUUACUGUUAUCCGGAUGAUUGGGAAGGAAUUUAGUGUAAUUGUGUUUAGGUUGAAGUUGAACGCUAUGGGAGUGAAGGGAAAGAGAAUGAACAAACAUCUUGUGAAUACACAGAUCCAGUUUGAAAAUUUUAAUUGUUAUGACUUGUGCAUUGCUUAGCAAUUGGAGGCGCACAGAAUUGGAGUGUAGUGAAGUGACUUUAUAAAUAGUAGUAAGUGGUGAGAAUUUGUUAAUUUUGUGUUCAGUAUCUAGUAGAUGGUGGAGCAUUGAGUUUUUGAUGGAUUUCACUGUUCCUUUGCCAAACCACUCUAGAUGGUGUUUAGUGAAGUGAUGGUGGGCUUACUGAGUCCUUCUACCUAUGUAACUAUCUCCACAGGUGUAGUUAGAUUUAUAAAUGCACAUAGAUGUGGUGAGAUUCGUAAGCCUAUCCAUCAACUGCAUUGUCAUCAUGUGGAGAGUAGUAAACAUCAAAUAUGGUGAGGAGGCAAAGAAGGUUUUUUUUAAUCAGAUUUCUGAGUUUCCGUAUCAAUAUUUCUUCAAUUACAUCUCGUUUGAACGCUAAGGUUUGAUACAAUCGUUUGUACUCUGCACCAUUUGAAGGCGCUUUUCUGCAGCUGUUUUUUAUUGUUACAGUACUUACGAACUGUUCAAGAUACUCGUAAUCAUAUAAAGAGUUCUCUGCUGUUCUUAAUUCAGCUGUGCAAAUAUAAUACCGACUCGAAAUCUUAGUGUACGAAUUAAAUUCCUUUUGCACAUAACGAAGAAGAAUGUGUAAACCGACGGACCCAUAAUUCCUUACAAUAAAUACGAUGUCUGAUACUGCGCUAUGUCCGUUUUGAUAGUAAAACAUCUAGAAAUGUCAGAUCUCCGUCUAUUUUUGUUUCACAGAUGAACUCAAUUUCUGAAUAUCAGGAUUAGUAUCAUUUUAACACAGAAUAAAAGUGUCAUGUAUGUAUCUACAAUAGAAAGGACAAUUUAUCUAUCAUGCUGCUCAGUGGUCCACUUUCUUUCCUCGAUCAGUCUUUUGUUUAACUAUCAAAAUGGGAAUAUUUAGUGUGCUGAAUAAACUUUAUCCCUUAAUGAAUGAGUAGCAGUGGUGAGAGAUUACAAGUAUUCAAUUCAAGUAAACUCACUUUCACUCCAGCAACUGAAUCGAUAACUUUAAACUGUUUAUCAAAACCCUUCAUCAAACUUAUAAUAUGUGUAGGCUUUAACAAGCUUGUGUGCACAAUCUAUUCAGUCCUGUUUGCAUUGGGAAAGCCAGUUUCCCCCUUAAGAUCAAAGCUUUUUAAGCAAUUGAAUAUCGUGAGACUACUCUGAUUUGAUAAACUGAUCUAUGCUUAUCGAAAUAUUAUUAUUAUUAUUAUUUGUCGCUUAGGUUCAUAGUGGAACAUAGGGCUUCACUAGCACUUCGCCAUUUCACUCUGUUCUAUGUAGUCUUUUCAGACUGGCUCCAUAACUUUACAGAAGCUUUCAUUUCUUCCUUAUAUGCUUAUAGAAUAGUAGUGUUGAAUGAAAGUUGUUAAAAUAAAUCGAAUAAAUAACUACCAAUAUGAUGUUUUCCUGUAUAACCUACCUCAUUUACUUUCCUCCUCUAGGUUCCAAUACUGCUCUAUAAUGGUGAUGUUGAUAUGGUGUGCAACUUUAUCGGAGAUGAAUGGUUUGUAGACAAUUUGAAGUUAAAACUUCAUGAUUAUCGACAACAUUGGAUAUACACAUCUGAAGAUGGUACAAAACAAAUUGGAGGAUAUUGGAAAUCAUUUUCGAAGAAUAAUGUGAAAUUUAUCUAUUCAACUGUUCGAGGAGCUGGCCAUAUGGUACCUAGAGAUAGGCCAGUUGCUAUGUUCCAUUUAAUUCAGUCUUUUCUAGAGAAAAAAAGUCUAUAAAAAAAAGUAUUUUAUCUAUUUCAAUAUAUAUUUAAUCAUUUUCAUACAGAUUAUGUUUUGAUUGAAUUUACCGAUUUUAUAAAUCAUACAAAUGAACUCUUCACUAUUGAACACUUUGGAUAAUAAUAAGUUUUCGAUUGAAAUUAUUAUUGUUAU